AAGCGGGUUAAAGGGGGAGAAGCGGGGCUGGAGCUCGCUUUCGCCUGCCAGCGAGCGAAGAGUGAAGAGGUUUUUCUAGCCGAGCUAUAAAAAGGCCUCACAGUGUUUCAGCUCCCGAGUGUCGGCUGGAAGCCCGCCAGGGUUACCAUGGCGAUGAGGAAUUAUUACUUACUGCCAAGGCUGGGAGAAAAAGCUCGUACUUUUGGCUUCCAAACAAGAGGAGUGGACUUAUGUAAUUCUCUGUGUUUAUAGGCCCGGAGUGGCAGAGGCGAGAACGGACCACUGGAGGCCCGACGUCUCGUUCGCGUCCCAGCCGUGGGGUCAGGCGGCCCCGCUCUUGUCGCUAGUGGUCCUUGGCCUGCCCGGGUUUGGGGGGCUUCGGGCUGGAAGCCUGGGGGGCCUGGCCUGGCCCCGCAGGGCCUCCCGGGCCGGGAUGGGAGCUGUAGUCUCGCGGGAAGGUGCCAGUGACGGGGUGGCCCGUGAGCUGAUGACGAGGACUGGCUUUUAAUCCUUGGUGGCGAUUAAGAGAAAGCUUAUCGGGGCCUGGGAGCCACCCCGACCCCCACCACCAUGUCGGGAUCCACACAGCCUGUGGCACAGACGUGGAGGGCCACUGAACCCCGCUACCCGCCCCACAGCCUUUCCUACCCAGUGCAGAUCGCCCGGACGCACACGGACGUCGGGCUCCUGGAGUACCAGCACCACUCCCGCGACUAUGCCUCCCACCUGUCGCCUGGCUCCAUCAUCCAGCCACAGCGGCGGAGGCCCUCCCUGCUGUCCGAGUUCCAGCCCGGGAAUGAACGCUGGCAGAGGACGCCCCCUGGUGUGUGCCUGUGCCGGGCCAGCCUUACUUUCCUUGAUCCAGGUGGGAGGGGAAUGAACAGGUCCCAGGAGCUCCACCUGCGGCCAGAGUCCCAUUCGUACCUGCCCGAGCUGGGGAAGUCAGAGAUGGAGUUCAUUGAAAGCAAGCGCCCUCGGCUAGAGCUGCUGCCCGACCCCUUGCUGCGACCGUCACCCCUGCUGGCCGCUGGCCAGCCUGCGGGAUCUGAAGACCUCACCAAGGACCGUAGCCUGACGGGCAAGCUGGAACCAGUGUCUCCCCCCAGCCCCCCGCACACCGACCCUGAGCUGGAGCUGGUGCCUCCGAGGCUGUCCAAGGAGGAGCUGAUCCAGAACAUGGACCGCGUGGACCGAGAGAUCACCAUGGUGGAGCAGCAGAUCUCUAAACUGAAGAAGAAGCAGCAACAGCUGGAGGAGGAGGCUGCCAAGCCGCCCGAGCCUGAGAAGCCCGUGUCACCGCCACCCAUCGAGUCGAAGCACCGCAGCCUGGUGCAGAUCAUCUACGACGAGAACCGGAAGAAGGCCGAAGCUGCACAUCGGAUUCUGGAAGGCCUGGGACCCCAGGUGGAGCUGCCAUUGUACAACCAGCCCUCCGACACUCGGCAGUAUCAUGAGAACAUCAAAAUAAACCAGGCGAUGCGGAAGAAGCUAAUCUUGUACUUCAAGAGGAGGAAUCACGCUCGGAAACAAUGGGAGCAGAAGUUCUGCCAGCGCUAUGACCAGCUCAUGGAGGCCUGGGAGAAGAAGGUGGAGCGCAUCGAGAACAACCCCCGGCGGCGGGCCAAGGAGAGCAAGGUGCGCGAGUACUACGAGAAGCAGUUCCCCGAGAUUCGCAAGCAGCGUGAGCUGCAGGAGCGCAUGCAGAGCAGGGUGGGCCAGCGGGGCAGUGGGCUGUCCAUGUCAGCCGCCCGCAGCGAGCACGAGGUGUCGGAGAUCAUCGACGGCCUCUCAGAGCAGGAGAACCUGGAGAAGCAGAUGCGCCAGCUGGCCGUGAUCCCGCCCAUGCUGUACGACGCCGACCAGCAGCGCAUCAAGUUCAUCAACAUGAACGGGCUCAUGGCCGACCCCAUGAAGGUGUACAAAGACCGCCAGGUCAUGAACAUGUGGAGCGAGCAGGAGAAGGAGACCUUCCGGGAGAAGUUCAUGCAGCAUCCCAAGAACUUUGGCCUGAUCGCAUCAUUCCUGGAGAGGAAGACGGUGGCUGAGUGCGUCCUCUAUUACUACCUGACCAAGAAGAAUGAGAACUAUAAGAGUCUGGUGAGACGGAGCUAUCGGCGCCGCGGCAAGAGCCAGCAGCAGCAACAGCAGCAGCAGCAGCAGCCCAUGCCCCGCAGCAGCCAGGAGGAGAAAGAUGAGAAGGAGAAGGAAAAGGAGGCGGAGAAGGAGGAGGAGAAGCCGGAGGUGGAGAACGACAAGGAAGACCUCCUCAAGGAGAAGACAGACGACACCUCAGGGGAGGACAACGACGAGAAGGAGGCCGUGGCCUCCAAAGGCCGCAAAACUGCCAACAGCCAGGGGAGACGCAAAGGCCGCAUCACCCGCUCAAUGGCUAAUGAGGCCAACAGUGAGGAGGCCAUCACCCCCCAGCAGAGUGCCGAGCUAGCCUCCAUGGAGCUGAAUGAGAGUUCUCGCUGGACGGAAGAAGAAAUGGAAACAGCCAAGAAAGGUCUCCUGGAACACGGCCGCAACUGGUCGGCCAUCGCCCGGAUGGUGGGCUCCAAGACCGUGUCACAGUGUAAGAACUUCUACUUCAACUACAAGAAGAGGCAGAACCUCGAUGAGAUCUUGCAGCAGCACAAGCUGAAGAUGGAGAAGGAGAGGAACGCGCGGAGGAAGAAGAAGAAAGCCCCGGCGGCGGCCAGCGAGGAGACCGCGUUCCCGCCCGUGGUGGAGGAUGAGGAGAUGGAGGCGUCGGGCGUGAGCGGAAACGAGGAGGAGAUGGUGGAGGAGGCCGAAGCCUUACAUGCCUCUGGGAAUGAGGUGCCCAGAGGGGAAUGCAGUGGCCCAGCCACUGUCAACAACAGCUCAGACACCGAGAGCAUCCCCUCCCCUCGCACUGAGGCCGCCAAGGACACAGGGCAGAAUGGGCCCCAGCCCCCAGCCACCCUGAGCACCGAUGGGCCACCCCCGGAGCCACCCACCCCGCCGCCGGAGGACAUCCCGGCCCCCACUGAGCCCACCCCCGCCUCUGAAGCCACCGGACCCCCUACGCCCCCACCAGCACCCCCAUCGCCUUCUGUACCCCCUCCUGUGGUCCCCAAGGAGGAGAAGGAGGAGGAGGCCGCAGCGGUGCCCCCAGUGGAGGAGGGGGAGGAGCAGAAGCCCCCCGCGGCUGAGGAGCUGGCAGUGGACACAGGGAAGGCCGAGGAGCCCAUCAAGAGCGAGUGCACGGAGCAAGCCGAGGAGGGGCCGGCCAAGGGCAAGGAUGCGGAGGCCUCUGAGGCCACGGCCGAGGGAGCACUCAAGGCAGAGAAGAAGGAGGGCGGGAGCGGCAGGGCCACCACAGCCAAGGGCUCGGGCGCCCCCCAGGACAGCGACUCCAGUGCCACCUGCAGUGCAGAUGAGGUGGAUGAGCCUGAGGGCAGCGACAAGAACCGGCUGCUGUCCCCAAGGCCCAGCCUCCUCACCCCGACUGGCGACCCCCGGGCCAACGCCUCGCCCCAGAAGCCACUGGACCUGAAGCAGCUGAAGCAGCGAGCGGCUGCCAUCCCCCCCAUCGUGAGUGCCCACCCCCAGAGCCCCGCAGAGUCCACCCUGACCUUGACUUUCCCGUUCAUCGAGACAGAGAAUCCCACGGGUGGGAGCGCGCACCUGCAGCCCAGCUCAUCUGCUGCUGUUUCCUGGAGAAACCCCCGUGGAGAUGAGCAGGUCACCAAAGUCCAUGAAGCCCCCCGGGAGGACGCAGCUCCCACUAAGCCAGCUCCCCCCGCCCCACCACCGCCACAGCACCUGCAGCCGGAGAGCGACGCCCCUCAGCAGCCUGGCAGCAGCCCCCGGGGCAAGAGCAGGAGCCCGGCGCCCGCCGCUGACAAGGAGGAGAAGCCUGUGUUCUUCCCAGCCUUCGCAGCCGAGGCCCAGAAGCUGCCUGGGGACCCCCCUUGCUGGACUUCCGGCCUGCCCUUCCCUGUGCCCCCCCGUGAGGUGAUCAAGGCCUCCCCGCAUGCCCCGGACCCCUCAGCCUUCUCCUACGCUCCACCUGGUCACCCGCUGCCCCUGGGCCUCCAUGACACUGCCCGGCCCGUCCUGCCGCGCCCACCUACCAUCUCCAACCCGCCUCCCCUCAUCUCCUCUGCCAAGCACCCCAGCGUCCUCGAGAGGCAAAUAGGUGCCAUCUCCCAGGGAAUGUCGGUCCAGCUCCACGUCCCGUACUCAGAGCAUGCCAAGGCCCCGGUGGGCCCCGUCACCAUGGGGCUGCCCCUGCCCAUGGACCCCAAAAAGCUGGCACCCUUCAGCGGAGUGAAGCAGGAGCAGCUGUCCCCACGGGGCCAGGCUGGGCCACCGGAGAGCCUGGGGGUGCCCACGGCCCAGGAGGCGUCCGUGCUGAGAGGGACAGCUCUGGGCUCAGUUCCGGGCGGAAGCAUCACCAAAGGCAUUCCCAGCACACGGGUGCCCUCGGACAGCGCCAUCACAUACCGCGGCUCCAUCACCCACGGCACACCAGCUGAUGUCCUGUACAAGGGCACCAUCACCAGGAUCAUCGGCGAGGACAGCCCGAGUCGCCUGGACCGCAGCCGGGAGGACAGCCUGCCCAAGGGCCACGUCAUCUACGAAGGCAAGAAGGGCCACGUCUUGUCCUAUGAGGGUGGCAUGUCUGUGACCCAGUGCUCUAAGGAGGAUGGCAGAAGCAGCUCAGGACCCCCCCACGAGACGGCUGCCCCCAAGCGCACCUACGACAUGAUGGAAGGCCGUGUGGGCAGAGCCAUCUCCUCGGCCAGCAUCGAAGGUCUCAUGGGCCGUGCCAUCCCACCUGAGCGACACAGCCCCCACCACCUCAAAGAGCAGCACCACAUCCGCGGGUCAAUCACACAAGGAAUCCCUCGGUCCUACGUGGAAGCACAGGAGGACUAUCUGCGUCGGGAGGCCAAGCUCUUAAAGCGGGAGGGCACGCCUCCACCCCCACCGCCCCCGCGGGACCUGACCGAGGCCUACAAGACGCAGGCCCUGGGCCCCCUGAAGCUGAAGCCGGCCCAUGAGGGCCUGGUGGCCACGGUGAAGGAGGCGGGCCGCUCCAUCCAUGAGAUCCCGCGCGAGGAGCUGCGGCACACGCCCGAGCUGCCCCUGGCCCCGCGGCCACUCAAGGAGGGCUCCAUCACGCAGGGCACCCCGCUCAAGUACGACACCGGCACGUCCACCACUGGCUCCAAAAAGCACGACGUACGCUCCCUCAUCGGCAGCCCCGGCCGGACGUUCCCACCUGUGCACCCGCUGGACGUGAUGGCUGACGCCCGGGCACUGGAACGCGCCUGCUACGAGGAGAGCCUGAAGAGCCGGCCGGGGACCGCCGGCAGCUCGGGGGGCUCCAUUGCGCGUGGUGCCCCGGUCAUUGUGCCUGAGCUGGGCAAGCCGCGGCAGAGCCCCCUGACCUAUGAGGACCAUGGGGCACCCUUCGCUGGCCACCUUCCGCGAGGCUCGCCUGUGACCACGCGGGAGCCCACGCCGCGCCUGCAGGAGGGCAGCCUCUCGUCCAGCAAGGCAUCCCAGGACCGAAAGCUGACGUCGACGCCUCGUGAGAUCGCCAAGUCCCCGCACAGCACUGUGCCCGAGCACCACCCACACCCCAUCUCGCCCUAUGAGCACCUACUUCGGGGCGUGAGUGGCGUGGACCUGUAUCGCAGCCACAUCCCCCUGGCCUUCGACCCCACCUCCAUACCCCGCGGCAUCCCUCUGGACGCAGCUGCUGCCUACUACUUGCCCCGGCACCUGGCCCCCAACCCCACCUACCCGCACCUGUACCCACCCUACCUCAUCCGCGGCUACCCCGACACGGCGGCGCUGGAGAACCGGCAGACCAUCAUCAAUGACUACAUCACCUCACAGCAGAUGCACCACAACGCAGCCACCGCCAUGGCCCAGCGAGCCGACAUGCUGAGGGGCCUCUCGCCCCGCGAGUCUUCACUGGCACUCAACUACGCUGCCGGCCCCCGAGGCAUCAUCGACUUGUCCCAAGUGCCACACCUGCCCGUGCUGGUGCCCCCAACGCCAGGCACCCCAGCCACCGCCAUGGACCGCCUUGCCUACCUCCCCACCGCACCCCAGCCCUUCAGCAGCCGCCACAGCAGCUCCCCACUCUCCCCAGGAGGCCCCACGCACUUGACAAAACCAACCACCACGUCCUCGUCCGAGCGGGAGCGAGACCGGGAUCGGGAGCGUGACCGGGAUCGGGAGCGGGAAAAGUCCAUCCUCACAUCCUCCACAACAGUGGAGCAUGCGCCCAUCUGGAGGCCCGGUACAGAGCAGAGCAGCGGCAGCAGUGGCAGCAGCGGCGGGGGGGGGGGCAGCAGCAGCCGCCCCGCGUCCCACUCCCAUGCCCACCAGCACUCGCCCAUCUCCCCCCGGACCCAGGACGCUCUCCAGCAGAGGCCCAGUGUGCUGCACAACACAGGCAUGAAGGGCAUCAUCACCGCUGUAGAGCCCAGCACGCCCACGGUCCUGAGGUGGGCCAGGUCCACCUCCACCUCCUCACCCGUUCGCCCGGCUGCCACAUUCCCACCCGCCACCCACUGCCCACUGGGCGGCACCCUCGAUGGGGUCUACCCUACCCUCAUGGAGCCCGUCUUGCUGCCCAAGGAGUCUCCCCGGGUCACCCGGCCAGAGCGGCCCCGAGCAGACACCGGCCAUGCCUUCCUCGCCAAGCCCCCAGCCCGCUCCGGGCUGGAGCCCGCCUCCUCCCCCAACAAGGGCUCGGAGCCCCGGCCCCUAGCGCCCCCCGUCUCUGGCCACGCCACCAUCGCCCGCACCCCUGCGAAGAACCUCGCACCCCACCACGCCAGCCCGGACCCGCCGGCGCCGCCCGCCUCGGCCUCGGACCCGCACCGGGAAAAGACUCAAAGUAAACCCUUUUCCAUCCAGGAACUGGAACUCCGUUCUCUGGGUAAGACCACCCUGACAGCGGCCACCUUCAUAGACGCGAUUAUCAUGCGUCAAAUUGCUCACGAUAAAGGGGCGCGAGAAGGAGGUGCGCUGGCCAACGGCUCCCCUCGCGAUGGUUACCACGGCAGCAGCUACAGCCCUGAAGGGGUGGAGCCCGUCAGCCCUGUGAGCUCACCCAGCCUGACACACGACAAGGGGCUCUCCAAGCACCUGGAAGAGCUGGACAAGAGCCACCUGGAGGGGGAGCUACGGCCCAAGCAGCCAGGCCCCGUGAAGCUCGGCGGGGAGGCCGCCCACCUCCCACACCUGCGGCCGCUGCCCGAGAACCAGCCCUCAUCCAGCCCGCUCCUCCAGACUGCCCCGGGGGUCAAAGGUCACCAGCGGGUGGUCACUCUGGCCCAGCACAUCAGUGUAACUACGUGUUCUCUGCCACACCUUGUCAUCCUUGCCCCUGGGGGCACCGGGCCUGGAGAGGGGAUGGGGAACCCCACAGCCCCUCUGUCCUGGCGGGGUGGCUGGGGGAUCCAGGGCGUGGGUGAGGGUGAGAUCCCAGAGCCCCGAGCACCCAUACCAUCACCACCCCCUCAUCCAUGGGUGGAGCCUGCGAUGCGAGCCAACAGCAUCUUCACGGGCAAUGAAGCCCUCCUGGUGGCCCGGGUUUCUCAGUGUCAUGGCUGGUCAUAUCAGCCAUCUGCCAACUACCAGCUUGGGACCACUGACCACAGCCCGACUCCCAUGCACCCGGGGACACGGAGGCCCAGAGGGUGGCGGGCAGGUCCACAGUCACCCAGGAAGCUGGCCCCAGCCAGGAUUCUUCCCCAAGCUCCAUCUAGCCCCUCCCCACCCCCAGAAGGUUCUGGCAGGAGGGUGCUGCCUGACCCUGGGCCCCCCACUUGCCUGCAGGAGGUCAUCACACAGGACUACACCCGGCACCACCCACAGCAGCUCAGCGCACCCCUGCCCGCCCCCCUGUACUCCUUCCCUGGGGCCAGCUGCCCCGUCCUGGACCUCCGCCGCCCACCCAGUGACCUCUACCUCCCGCCCCCGGACCAUGGUGCCCCGGCCCGUGGCUCCCCCAACAGCGAAGGGGGCAAGAGGUCUCCAGAGCCAAGCAAGACGUCGGUCUUGGGUGGUGGUGAGGACGGUAUUGAACCUGUGUCCCCACCGGAGGGCAUGACGGAGCCAGGGCACUCCCGGAGUGCUGUGUACCCGCUGCUGUACCGGGAUGGGGAGCAGACAGAGCCCAGCAGGAUGGGCUCCAAGUCUCCAGGCAACACCAGCCAGCCGCCAGCCUUCUUCAGCAAGCUGACCGAGAGCAACUCCGCCAUGGUCAAGUCCAAGAAGCAAGAGAUCAACAAGAAGCUGAACACCCACAACCGGAAUGAGCCUGAAUACAAUAUCGGCCAGCCUGGGACGGAGAUCUUCAAUAUGCCCGCCAUCACCGGAACAGGCCUUAUGACCUAUAGAAGCCAGGCGGUGCAGGAACAUGCCAGCACCAACAUGGGGCUGGAGGCCAUAAUUAGAAAGGCACUCAUGGGUAAAUAUGACCAGUGGGAAGAGUCCCCGCCGCUCAGCGCCAAUGCUUUUAACCCUCUGAAUGCCAGUGCCAGCCUGCCCGCUGCUAUGCCCAUAACCGCUGCUGACGGACGGAGUGACCACACACUCACCUCGCCAGGCGGCGGCGGGAAGGCCAAGGUCUCUGGCAGACCCAGCAGCCGAAAAGCCAAGUCCCCGGCCCCAGGCCUGGCGUCUGGGGACCGGCCACCCUCCGUCUCCUCAGUGCACUCAGAGGGAGACUGCAACCGCCGGACGCCGCUCACCAACCGUGUGUGGGAGGACAGGCCCUCGUCAGCAGGUUCCACGCCAUUCCCCUACAAUCCCCUGAUCAUGCGGCUGCAGGCGGGUGUCAUGGCUUCCCCACCCCCACCGGGCCUCCCCGCGGGCAGUGGGCCCCUCGCUGGCCCCCACCACGCCUGGGACGAGGAGCCCAAGCCACUGCUCUGCUCGCAGUACGAGACACUGUCCGACAGCGAGUGACUCAGAACGGGGGAGGGGGGCGGUGUCAGGUCCCAGCGAGCCACAGGAACAGCCCGGCAGGAGCAGGGUGGGUGCCGACUCCCCCCAACGAGGAAGGAGCCCCUGAGUACGCCUGCGCCUCCAUCCAUCCGUCCGUCCAGAGCCGGCAUCCUUGCCUGCCUAAAGCCUUAACUAAGACUCCCGCCCCGGGCUGGCCCUGUGCAGACCUUACUCAGGGGAUGUUUACCUGGUGCUCGGGAAGGGAGGGGAAGGGGCCGGGGAGGGGGCACGGCAGGCGUGUGGCAGCCACACGCAGGCGGCCGGGGCGGCCAGGGACCCAAAGCAGGACGACCACGCACCUCCACGCCACUGCCUCCCCCAAAUGCAUUUGGAACCAAAGUCUAAACUGAGCUCGCAGCCCCCGCGCCCUCCCUCCGCCUCCCAUCCCGCUUAGCGCUCUGGACAGACGGACGCAGGCCCUGUCCAGCCCCCAGUGCGCUCGUUCUGGUCCCCACAGGCUGCCCCAGCCAACGAGAUUGCUGGAAACCAAGUCAGGCCAGGUGGGCGGACAAAAGGGCCAGGUGCGGCCUGGGGCGAACGGAUGCUCCGAGGACUGGACUGUUUUUUUCACACAUCGUUGCCGCAGCGGUGGGAAGGAAAGGCAGAUGUAAAUGAUGUAUUGGUUUACAGGGUAUAUUUUUGAUACCUUCAAUGAAUUAAUUCAGAUGUUUUACGCAAGGAAGGACUUACCCAGUAUUACUGCUGCUGUGCUUUUGAUCUCUGCUUACCGUUCAAGAGGCGUGUGCAGGCCGACAGUCGGUGACCCCAUCACUCGCAGGACCAAGGGGGCGGGGACUGCUGGCUCACGCCCCGCUGUGUCCUCCCUCCCUCCCUUCCUUGGGCAGAAUGAAUUCGAUGCGUAUUCUGUGGCCGCCAUCUGCACAGGGUGGUGGUAUUCUGUCAUUUACACACGUCGUUCUAAUUAAAAAGCGAAUUAUACUCCA